AUGGCCACCAUUUGUAACCUCAACCUCAACCUCAGUCUCGUAGUCCCUGGGGUGCAACCCAAGUCCGUGACGUGGCCUUCACGCGCACUGUCCCUGAGUCGCGGUGGAAACGGGUUGGCGUCGGUGAUGGUGACGCGCGCCAUCGACACGAACGAGUUCCUGGGGGACUUCGGGGCGAGGGACCCUUUCCCGGCGGAAUUGGAGAGCUCGUUUGGAGAGAAGGUGCUGGGAUACGGCAACACCGAGCACAGAAUCCUAAUCCCCAAUAUCUCUGCUCUCUCCCUCUCGCAGCAGGACUGUGCUCCCAUUUCCCAUUCGCAACCACCCAUCUCCCAAGAUGACGCUCAGGCGCUCGUCAGGAAGCACAUUUGGUCAUGUUAUUUCCUUGAAUUACCAGUGCUUUCAAGUUGUUUACAGUGGUUUGACAUGCAGAAUUUUGAUUUACAAAUUGAGGUUGUGGGUUGGAGACUUGUGAAUGAGGAAGGUGGACUUAAACUUCAGUGCUUGUGGAAACUGAGAGGUUUUAAAUGUGGGGUUGAACUAAUUAACAGGAUCUCUAAGGUUGCAGAAGCUGCAGGCCAUUUCCCAAAUAUCUACUUGGAACAACCAAAUCAAGUCAGGGCAGAACUAUGGACAGCUUCCAUUGGAGGUUUAAGUAUGAAUGAUUUUAUUGUUGCUGCAAAGAUAGAUGAGAUAAAGAUAUCAGAUCUUGCCCCAAGGAAAAGGGUUUGGGCGUAA